AUGGGCUCUAUGAGAUAUGUACUACUGGCUUUUGUCUUCCUGACUUACCUUGCCACUGUCUUGGCCAGUGUUAGUGUUAUGUUACUGGUAUUACUAGAUACCUCUCUCCACAAACCAAUGUACAUCUUUUUAUUUGGUCUAGUUCUAAAUGGUUUGAUUGGUAGCACAGCUGUUUGGCCGAAGGUGAUGCGUAUCCUUUCAACAAAUAAUCCUCUUAUCUCACAUAAAGGAUGUCUCAUCCAAGCCUUUGUGAUAAUAUGUUAUGGAUCUAAUAACUUCUGUCUGCUGGCAGUGAUGGCUUAUGACAGAUUUGUCUCCAUAUUUAGGCCUUUGCAAUACCACACUGUCAUGACACCAUGGAAAGUUAAGCAGCUGAUGCUAGUUGCAAUUUUGAUCCCGACAACUCUAAUACUUGUUCAGAUAGUCAUGACUUCCCAACUGCAUAGUUGUAAGAACAAUGUUGCCAGGAUGUACUGUGAUAAUUUAGCUGUAGUCGCUUUAUCAUGUCUAAACAGUAACUCUAUUCAAAGGCAAGCAGGUAACCUCUAUGGUAUCAUUGUCAUCAUUAUUAUUGUAGCCUUGCCAAUAUGUCUAGUCCUAUUGUCAUAUCUCAGAAUUAUAAUGCUGAGUUUUAAAUGGUCACAAAAUGCAAGAAAGAAAGUGUUUGAAACUUGCUCUCCACACAUAAUCAUCUUUGUAAAUUUUUCUCUAGUGAGCUUGUUUUCUCUAUGCUAUAACAGGGUCAGUGCCAUCUUACCUGAAAGUGUGAAUAUUCUGAUGUCAAUUAAUUGGAUUCUUAUUCCUCCACUGUUGCAUCCAAUUGUGUAUGGUAUAAAAACAAAGGAAAUUAGACAAAGAUUUUCAAAAGCUAUCAGAAGAUUGUCUUUGUGA